UCGGAGGGGUGACAGUUUUCCUGGGUUUUCGAAACGGGUGUGCAGAAGUACCGCAAAAGAGAAACUAAAAAUGAUGAACGGAGAGAUCAACGGUUUCCACAACUCUCUUAUCGAGGAGGACUGCUUCUUGUUUACAUCGGAGUCCGUUGGAGAGGGGCAUCCAGAUAAGAUAUGUGACCAGAUAAGUGAUGCCGUGUUGGAUGCUCACCUGAAACAAGACCCAGAUGCAAAAGUGGCUUGCGAAACUGUAGCCAAGACUGGAAUGAUUCUGCUGGCAGGAGAGGUGACGUCUCGUGCUGUUGUUGACUAUCAAAAGGUGGUCCGGGACACCAUUAAACACAUUGGCUAUGACGACUCAUCCAAGGGCUUUGAUUAUAAGACCUGUAAUGUCCUGGUGGCUCUGGAGCAGCAGUCUCCAGACAUCGCCCAGGGUGUUCAUUUGGACCGCAAUGAAGAGGAUGUUGGGGCCGGCGACCAAGGUCUAAUGUUUGGUUAUGCCACUGAUGAGACGGAGGAGUGCAUGCCACUCACUAUCGUGCUCGCACACAAACUUAAUGCCAAGAUGGCUGAACUGCGGCGUAACGGCACCCUGCCCUGGCUCCGACCGGACUCCAAGACUCAGGUUACUGUGCAGUACCGACAGGAGCGUGGCGCCAUGCUGCCGGUGCGCGUCCACACUAUUGUCAUCUCUGUGCAGCACGAUGAAGACAUCUGCCUUGACGAGAUGCGUGAUGCUCUUAAAGAUAAAAUCAUCAAAUCUGUGGUGCCCUCUGUUUAUCUGGACGACGAUACCAUUUAUCACUUGCAGCCCAGCGGUCGCUUUGUCAUCGGAGGCCCUCAGGGUGAUGCUGGCUUGACUGGUCGUAAGAUUAUUGUCGAUACCUAUGGAGGCUGGGGAGCCCAUGGAGGAGGAGCUUUCUCUGGAAAGGACUACACCAAAGUGGACCGCUCUGCGGCGUAUGCUGCCCGCUGGGUGGCCAAAUCUCUAGUGAAGGCCAAACUGUGCAAGCGUGUUCUUGUGCAGGUUUCUUAUGCCAUCGGAGUGGCACAUCCUCUUUCCAUUUCCAUCUUCCACUAUGGCACAUCCCAGAAGAGUGAGCAGGAGCUGCUUAAAAUUGUCAAGAAAAACUUUGACCUUCGUCCAGGAGUCAUUGUGAGGGAGCUGGAGCUGAAGAAGCCAAUAUAUCAGAAGACCGCUGCUUACGGCCACUUUGGUCGUGAAUCUUUCUCUUGGGAAGUGCCCAAAAAGCUGCACUACUAAACCAUUUGUCAAGGUUUUUCCUCUCUAGGCCUGUUGGCGUAUUCUACAGAGAAGCCCACAUGGCUUAUGGGGAGAAGUCUGGUUAUUCUGGUACAAGUCCUGCUGGUCCAUCUUACUUAAAUCUUUUUCCUUUCUUUUCCCAUCAUGUUGCAAUCACAUUCAGUUCUUAGGCUUUUUGAGUUUCAAAGGUGAUUAAUUAUGAUUCAUCAGCAUUAGGAUAAAGGAAG